AUGACUAAAAUGGAAUACAAGGACUGCUCAAUUCUGAGGAACAUUGGCAUCCCAGAGGAUAGGAUCCACAAAACGGCAGUGAUAUGUGGAAACCUAGGCCGCUUUAAAGUUUUUGCCAGAUAUGGAACCAAAUACAAGGAGUACAAGAAGUUCUCCUCCUACGGCGCCGCCGAGUUGGAAGUGGAAGGACAAAUGAUACUGAUUGUCUGCCACGGAGUCUCGGCAAGUUCCAUGGGUCCAAUUUUAAGAGAACUGAUAGAAAUGGGCGUCAAGAACAUAAUCAGGGGUGGAACGUGUGGAACGUACAAACCUAAAAUACACAAGGCAGGCGACAUCUUCAUAUGUUACGCCUCCAUUCGAGACGAUACGACCUCAAUAUCAGAAAUCAAUGUGAGAUACCCAGCCGUUGCCGAUUAUGACGUUAUCGACGCCCUGAUGGAUUCCUCAAAGGAGCUCGAAAUACAGACCUUUGUCGGCAUCGACUACACAUCGGAUCUAUUCUACAGAAGGACCUGCAAGUACGACCACAGAGACCUGUUCUCAGACUACGGAUUAGUUGACACCGAGGAUCUAGAGUUGGCAACCCUGUUUGUUGUCUCUUCGUUGUACGGAGCAAAGGCAGGAGCAAUUCUGACCGUGGACGGAUGCCCAAGGGAAUGGUGGAGUGGAAACUAUCACGCAGGAAAAGAAGUAGUCAACGAGGGCGUAGACAAAAUGGCACGAGUAGCCUUGAAAGCUGCGGCAGAAAUAAAUAAAAAGUUUUAA